AUGCUAUUUGAUUACAAAGAGAUAUCGUCACCAUUAGACGACCCAGUUUCAAAUGACUUUGGACAACACAGAGCAACGCCCAUCAUCAUUGACAAUGGAACAUAUCAAUGCAGAGCAGGCUAUGCAAGCGAUCACAAACCAAGAUUGAUAUUCAAGUCAUUGGUUGGUAAGGUCAAGUCUAACUCUCAACCUAUCGUUGGUAACUCAAUCAAGGAGAGUGAUAUCACAAAGCUCACCGUUCGAAGUCCAUUCGACACCAACAUCUUAGUACAUCCACCAAGUCAAGAAGCCAUAUAUGAUUACAUCUUUGAUAGAUUGGGCGCAGACUCUGCCAUUGAGAAUCCCAUUGUCGUUACUGAACCACCAGCAAACCCAUCAUAUUGUCGCAAAUACACGAGCGAAAUGAUGUUUGAAGGCUAUAAUGUCCGAUCACUGGCUUAUGGAGUGGACUCACUGUUUGCCUUCUAUUCAAAUAGACAACACCUGGACCACAUGGGAAGGAAUGCGUUGAUCAUUGGAGCUGGUCACUCUGCAACUCAUAUUUACAAUGUACAGAAUGACUCUAUCCAACACUACCAGACGCGUCGAAUCAAUGUUGGCAGUUCACUUGCUACAGAGUACCUCAAAAGACUGUUACAUCUCAAGUAUCCACAGCAUAAGUCAUACUUUACACAGAACUACACCAACGAGCUCAAGGACAAGCAUGUCAUGUUUGCCCAAGGUGACUAUAUGUCCAAACUCAAAGACUUUGAAGAUCAACCAAGUGCCGAUGACAACACUCACAUCAUUCAACUUCCGUUCCAAGAAGUAGACCUAAACAAGCUAGAGGAGGACAAGCAAAGGAAACUUGAGAACAAAAGAAAGAUGGGUCAGAUGGCGAGAGAGAAGGCAGAGCAGAAGAGGAAGGAUAAGUUGGUGGAGAAUGAGGAGCAUUUGGCAACGCUGGAAUCUAUUCUUGCUCUUAAACAGGAGAGCUCCACUGAGUUUACAAGCGCACUAGAGGCAGAGGCAAUGAGUGAGAAGGAGCUAUUGAAGCAAAUCGAUGAGGUACGAGAGAGACUUGGUUUGAAGAGGGAACCAGCACCAGAAAAGAGCAAUGUGGAGGAAUUCCCUCUGCUUUUCAUCCCCGACGAUCAAUUAAGCGCUGAACAACUGAAGGAAAAGCGCAGGCAGAAGCAUCUCAAGGUCCUCAAAGAUUCAAGGAACUCUGCCAAACGGAAGAGAGAUGAGGAGCGAGAGAGGGAGGAGCUGGUCAUCAAGAAAGAGGAAGAAGCAUGGGAGAAAGACCCAGACAGAUAUUUGAAGGAUCUUCAUCAACGUCGCAAGGUUAUCAUGGAUCGUAAAGAACAGAGAGAGAGGAAUAAGACAAAGGUCAUCAGACGGCAGUCCAAGUUGCGAGCCAUCAUCAGCACUGCUGAUACGCCAGAGAAUGAUCCUGAGGAACAGGAGGACAACCAGCAGCUGAUCGCCGUUGAGAAAUGGCUAAACAAAUUCGAUCCAGGAUGGAAUAUUGUGCAAGAGGCUGAAGACCCUCUCGCAGAGUUUAUGACAGCCAGAGACUAUCAAGUCAGACUGGAUGUAGAGAGGUUCCGAGUGCCAGAGAUCUUGUUUCAACCAAAAGCAAUCAUUGGCGUGGAUGAGAUGGGACUGAUGGAGACAGUCAACAUGAUGCUCUCUCAGAUCUCUGACAAGGACCUGCAGAACAGUGUGGCAAAGAACAUCUUUGUCACUGGUGGCAUGAGUCUGGUCAAUGGCUUUGUUGAGCGACUCUCCUUUGAGAUGACCCAGAUCAGACCCGUGGGUUCCAUAUUCAACAUCCACAGAAGUGGUGACAAGUUGCUGGACGCGUGGCAGGGUGCAAGGAAAUGGGCCAAUGAUCAUCACAAGCAAUGGAGUCAAGUGUCUGUAUCACGUGCAGAGUAUCUAGAGAAUGGACAUGACUAUAUCAAGGAGCACCAAGCAUCAAAUCUAUCCAUAUUCGAAAUUCCUCCUGUGGAGUUACCCAUUGUGGUAGCAUUUGUUGUGUUAGUUGUUGCUGUGUUGGUUGUUGAUGGGUUUGUUGAUGCUGUUGAAGCUGUUGAUGCUGUUGAUGCUGUUGAUGCUGGCGUUGUGGUACUAGCUGUUGAUGCUGUAGAUGCUGUUGAUGCUGUAGAUGCUGUUGAAGCUGUUGAUGCUGUUGAUGCUGGCGUUGUGGUGCUAGCUGUUGAUGAGCCAGAUGUUGCGGUGUUACCUGUUGUUGGUUCUGUGGUUGUUGAGCCAGAUGCUGUGGUGCUGCCAGUUGUUAUCGAGCCAGAUGUUGUGGUGUUGCCAGUUGUUGUCGAGCCAGAUGUUGUGGUGUUGCCAGUUGUCGAGCCAGAUGUGGUGUUACCUGUUGUUGAUGGCUCUGUGGUUGUUGAGCCAGAUGUUGUGGUGUUGCCAGUUGUCGAGCCAGAUGUUGUGGUGUUACCUGUUGUUGAUGUGCCAGAAGUUGUGGUGUUACCUGUUGUUGAUGGCUCUGUGGUUGUUGAGCCAGAUGUUUUCUCAUUAGAGGAAUCGUCCUCAUUUAUAAAUAGUAAUGAAAGUUUAAUAGUAGAUAUAGAUAUUUGA